UUUAUAUUUAAAUUUCAAAUAAAUUUUCGUUUUGUGCAAUUUACAAAAUGAGAACGUUGGAGUGUGGUAUUGUUUUGUGCAAGUGCAACAAAGUGUGUGUUUUGUGUGGGUACAUUUUUUGAGUCACCAUCUGUCGAAAAGGUGGAGGGCGCCGCGAGAGCGAGGCGGGGGGAAGUGCGGGCGGCGCGGGUGCAGGCGCCCCCCACGCGCCGCCCGCGCCCUCUCACCCGUUGCGAGCCCUCGGCGACAUGCCACCUGUACUCAGGUCAAACCCUUUGUACGCAGAGGAAGAAGAACAAGAGGUAGUGAUCAUCGUAGAUGAGGAAGUCCCCGAGGUGGAAGUACCGGAUGAGCCACGUGUCCCACGCAGGGCGCCAUCUACUUCUUCGGGCUACGGCAGCGCCGGCGGCAGCCACGGUCGUGUCUCACCAAACUUACCAAAGAACGAGCAGUAUGAACCGGAGCCUGAGCGGCGACUCUCCUCAGAGAAGAACGACGGGUCUCUUAGGUCUACUACGGACUCGGAUGGGAGUCCGUCGUGCACUCUAUCACGUAGUCUGAAAGAGGACAUCCGAGCAUGUCUUGGAGGAUGCAGGGAAUACCCAGUGAAACGAACCGAUCUCAUGCACGGCAUACCGAUACGGUGGGAGAGGGAUAUAGGGGACGUGGUGGAAGCGGCGGUGAGAGGUGCGGGCGGCAUCAGUGCGGCCCGAGCGCGACUCCAUGCGGCCUUACUGGCUCUUCAUGAGCCCCCACCGAAUAGAGGUCCCAGUCUACCCUACUGCGGACCAGGAGUUCGACCUGGUGACGUCACUAUGAUGCCGAAGACUGAGAUGUCCUUACUGGCAGCCAGUGCUCUUUUCACUCUCGACGGAAGCCGUGGAGAAGAACUCACUAGGAGACUAGCACGAGGUGAACGGAGGAGAAGAAGAUGUCGAGCGGUUCUCGCCCUCUUAGCCCUUCUGCUGUUGCUCGCUGCCAUUUGUGCGGUAGAACUGCUCAUGUCGAGGGGUCAGCGUGUUUUUGGGGCAGUGCUGCGCUGAUUUGUUCUCAAUGUUUUGUUUCAGAAACAUUUCUCGAAGAAUUGGAUCAACUUUGAAAACAACUGUAAGCAAGCAUUCUGAUCUCACUGGAUUAUUCCUUAGAUUUUUUCCACUAUAACAAUUUAUUUGGUUCUACGAGGAUAUUAUUUGACAUUCAUGCAAAUUCCUUGCUCGUUACAUUAAAUUGACAUCUUUAAAAGUAGUACUUUUGAAAAGAGAACGUUGGGUUGAUAAACUUCUGUGAGCGAACUCUAUUAGGAAACUGAAUUAGCUGAACGAGGAGCAGGUUAAUCUAAUGAUCUAAAGGUAAGUACUACAUUUAGAUCUGUCAGAUUAGUUUAGAGAUUCGAUUGAAAUUUAAUUUGUAUCAAUCGGACCAUA